ACCGCCUCAAAAUAUCGAUGACAGUCUUGUUUUUAUUGCAAAUUUGGCGGCCGAAAUUCUCAUUUUUGCCUGAGAAAAACAGGUAAAAUCGCUAAAAUUGGAAUCAGAUGACUGCCGGACAACCGAUGAAGAUCACUGGACGUGCCGCUAACAGUGAAUAACCGAAAAUAGCUCUUUACCCGGAGUUCCGGGUCUAAGAGACUGGUGAGUCGCAUGUCGAGCACCCAGGUCAAAAGAAUCAUUAAUUCUAUAUAGACCAUCGAUUCGCCAGAUAAACGCACGAUGUCGUCGACAUCAGCGGCUGCCUCUAAUGCAGCUCCAGCGAAAACUGAGGUGCGCUACGUGACCGAGGUGCCUAGCAGUCUAAAGCAACUGGCCCGCCUCGUGGUACGUGGAUUCUACUCCCUGGAGGACGCCCUCAUUAUCGACAUGUUGGUGCGGAAUCCCUGCAUGAAAGAGGACGACAUUGGUGAGCUCCUGCGUUUUGAAAAGAAACAGCUAAGGGCCAGAAUCACCACACUGCGGACCGACAAGUUCAUCCAAAUUCGACUGAAAAUGGAAACGGGGCCGGAUGGCAAAGCCCAGAAGGUUAAUUACUACUUUAUCAACUACAAGACUUUUGUGAACGUCGUCAAAUAUAAGCUGGACCUGAUGCGCAAGCGUAUGGAGACGGAAGAGCGUGAUGCCACUAGUAGAGCCAGCUUCAAAUGCUCCACGUGCUCCAAGACUUUCACGGAUCUCGAGGCAGACCAGCUGUUCGACAUGGCUACGCUGGAGUUCCGUUGCACCUUCUGCGGCAGCUCCGUGGAGGAGGACAGCGCUGCCUUGCCCAAGAAAGAUUCACGCCUGCUGCUAGCACACUUUAACGAGCAGCUGCAACCUCUCUACGAUCUUCUUAGGGAGGUGGAGGGCAUAAAGCUGGCGCCGGAAGUGCUCGAACCGGAGCCCGUGGAUAUCGAUACCAUUCGAGGACUGAACAAACCUAGUGCAAUGCGUCCGGAUGGCUUGGCGUGGUCGGGUGAGGCAACGAGAAACCAAGGCUUCGCCGUGGAAGAAACGCGAGUAGACGUCACUAUUGGCGGAGACGACACUUCGGAUGCCGUGGUUGAGCGCAAGUCAAGACCCAUUUGGAUGACCGAGAGCACUGUGAUAACCGACAUGGAUGGUGCCGAUGGAUCGGGGGACGCGACGCACACUGCCAGCGGAUCUGGAAGUCGAAAUCGCAAGGAGAACGAGGACAUCAUGUCGGUGUUGCUGCAGCAUGAGAAGCAGCCGGGCCAGAAGGAGCCACAUAUGAAGGGCAUGCGCGUGGGGUCUUCGAAUGCCAACUCAAGCGAUUCCAGCGACGACGAGAAAGAUAUCGACAAUGCCAAGAUUCCAGAUGUCGACUUUGACAACUAUAUCAACUCGGAUUCCGCUGAGGACGAUGACGAUGUUCCCACUGUGCUGGUUUCAGGACGACCCCAUCCACUCGACCAACUGGAUGACAACCUGAUAGCGCAGAUGACGCCGCAGGAGAAGGAGAACUACAUACACGUAUACCAGCAGCACUACAGCCAUAUAUAUGAAUAAGGGCGGCUGCAAUUAACCACGUUUUCCCCGAGUUUCCCAUCUCACGCAUAGAGUCAUUGUAAUUAUAAGUUACCCAUUAGUUCACGAGAAAUUGUACAAAUGAAAUGCGUAUAUAAAUGUGCAUAAAGAAAACGUUUUGCUUAUAUUUACAUUUCUAAGUUAUAUUGGCGCACCUUUUUCAUUCUUUGGAAAUGUAGAAAAUUUAAUAUAUUUCUUAACCAGAAAACU